GAAGAUCAUCAAAGUGAGAUAACGCAUUUUCUCUGGUAUAUCCAUUUUCCGUCUUCGAAAGAAUCAGUCACUCUGCCGUUUCCAUCGGUGACCAACAUGGCAGUGCCUAUUGCUCUGUCUUUAGCCGGAGUCGGUGCCUGUGUCUGGUCCUCCGGAGAAAUCCGGCAACUGGGUCGUGUUGAAUCCAAGCUGGCUGAAAGUUCAAGCAAAGUUUAUCACCACGGUUGGUUACACUGCAAGUGUUUUUGGCAAAUAGAAAGAAGCAAGAACUUGCAUUUGAAGUCAAGGUACUUGUUAACUUGCAAGGCUAAGGGAGAAGAUAGUUUCACACAGAAUGCAAAUGAAGAUACAGAUGAUAUGUUUGAUCACUUGUUUGAUAGAUAUGGAAAGGUGGUAUAUAGGAGAAAUGACAAAAAAACUCGAAGUGAAGAGGUUGAUGAUGAUGCUGAGAGCUUAUCCUUUGCUGUAGCAAUGGCUAAGGUUGCUAAUGAGGUGAAAGCUGGAGAUAUAAAGGUCCUCUUUGUGAAGCCUCUUGUGUAUUGGACGCGAUUCUUUAUUAUUGCUACAGCAUUUUCUCGCCCGCAAAUUGAUGCUAUUGGGUCCAAGAUAAGAGAUCUAGCUGAGAAAAAGUAUGGAAAAGUGCCAACCGGCGACUCAAAACCCAAUUCAUGGACCCUGUUGGACUUUGGUGAUGUAGUUGUCCAUAUAUUUCUCCCUCAACAGCGAGCUUUCUACAACUUGGAAGAAUUCUAUGGUAAUGCUACACAAAUUGAAUUGCCUUUCGAAAACCAACCUCCACCAUUUCGGGGCUGAGAAAGUCAUUUUCAAUUUUCUGAAUACAAGAGGAAAUAGAUGCUGACAAGAGUCAUUGUUUGCUUGUGGGCCACUUUUAUCUCUGUCAGUUUUAGUUAGCUUGAUGCCCCUUUCAGCUUACUCUUGCUAUGAGGCAGAAUGUAUCUUGCUAAGAGUUUCUUUCUACAGUCUGCUUCUGUUGGAUGAUCAACCGGCAAUAGAGCAGUUGUGUUCCAUUCGUCUGUGCUCUGUCUGCAUGCUUUGUAGAUGAUAAUUGGUGAUAGAAAUUGUAUAGGUAUUGUUGUAACUCUCUCUUCUUCCAGGGAAUGUUUUCAUAUGCCGGAGAGGGAUUAAAAACUUAAAAUGUAGUCUUGUGGGUGAACUUAAAUGUAGACUUGUCUUUUAGAUGCAAUAGCAAUUGGGUAGUUUAGUUUGUUAACAUGCUCGAAACACUUAAGCGGCGAUUGAAUUUGAUAAGUUUAGUGUAAAAAAUUUAUAUUCAAUUGGUAUUUUGAGUUUUAUUCUAAA